AUGCUGACCGACACGCCAUCCGCAGCUGUGCCCCGAAGCAAGCAUCAUGUGCGGUUCCAUGUCGGGAGCAUCGUCCUGGCCUUUAUUGCCCAACUGACUUGUGACAUUCUCUCUAUUUUUGCGUUGGAUGAAACCGUGCCCAAUGCUCUGUUUCAGACUUCCAUCAACAACGUGUCAGAGUCCUUCCCUAUAGAAGUGACUAUGGACAUCUGGUCGAAUGAGCUGUGGUUCAUCGUUGUGAUGUGGUGUGAAUGGUGGCUUAUAGCGGCUUGUUACAGUCUUUGCAAGAGAGGCAACCGUGAUCACUGCAACCCAGAAAUACUUCCACCGCUCUUUUACCUAACUUGGAUCGUGGUGUGCUGCGCCGGGGUUGGCAGCUUGAUUCUCUGGGACAGGCGCUUUGUCCUCGGAGCCGUGAUUCUGUCGUGGAUUCAAACGCUACUCAGCUUUGGGAUGCUCAUCUUGUCCUUCCGCAACCUGUACCGGCUCAAAACCUGGCUGUUCCACAACGACCCUAAAAGGGUUGGAUGGAUUCGCUACUGGGUACAAAACGGGCUGGGUCUUUACUUCGGGUGGAGCUUCUUGAACUCCCUGAUACACCUGGGUAUUGCACUGAAGUAUAUCGCAGGUGUGGAGGACCCUCUUGUCAGCACCAUUAUUCUCACCAUUCUCCUUGUGUGCAGUCUGGUUUGGUGCUUCUUGCAGAGCUUUUUGCUCAGAGAGUACAUACGUUACAACUUCACUACUUACAUUAUCCUUAUUUUGGGUCUGGCGGCAAUAUGCUCGAGAGGCUACUGGCACUACGGCUUCUCCAGAAACAUGAUCUACUGUGGGUGCCUCUUUCUCUUGUUGAUUGCAAUGAGCGUCGCCCAGAUGAUCACCCUUUGCAUGUGCCCAGACAAAGCUAGUGGGCCCGUUGCGAUGGAGUCACGAAGGACGUUUGGAGUUUCUGGGACGGUGGUUGAUACGGAACAGCACCAACAAAAUAAAAUGUAAAAUAUUUGUAUUAAUGAUACGGGGAUCCCUGUUCAUUAGGGGUUUUUUAAACAUUCUAUUUCAUUUUAGAGAUAGCAUUAUCAGUCAGUUAACUCAUUUAUGCACUACAUGUUAAUCACCAAAAGAUGGCAGCAUAAUUUCAUAUUACACUCGCAUGUUGAAAUGCUUAUGAUUUACCACCGAGGGUCACUAUAAUAACUUCAUAAGAGCUUACAAGUCAACAAUGCUUUAUCAUUUUAUUUCUUGAAAUAGCAGACAUUAUUGUGUGUAUAUACUGUAUCUGUAUGUAUAUUCGAAUACUAUUUUUUUGCUUUAUAUCUUUUUGAUUAAAAGAGAAUAUACUUCUGUCCUAUCACAUUUAAUUUUGUUCAAUGAUAUGUACCUUUGUUAAAAAUACUAAGACUGCAUUAAAAUGAAUUUCCC